AGUUUACUGACGAUAGUAGCCGUAUUUUAUUGCGGUUGUAAAAUGAUGUAUCUAAUACUUGUUUAUGCAUUGCAGCAAGUUAACAUUUGGAAGACUCCAGUGGGCCGUUCUGGGAAUGGCUGUGCGUCAGUGCGUGCCGCUGUAAAGCCUGUGACACGUCAGUUGUGUCGUUCAUCGACACGACUUGACACAAGGAAGCUUUUUCGUUAACUGUUGAGCUGAGUUAGGAAGGGUUUCAUACAGCUUUUAAAAUUCCGCAGGUGUCUUAUUGAUAUCGUGUGUGCUGGUGUCUGUGGAGGUAAAGAAUCUCCUGGGCGUGGGUUUACAUUUCUAUUUCGGAGUACGCUUCAUAGCCCCAGGGCUUACCCGCUUUGACAACAUUGCGGGUUUCCUGUUUACACUCUACCCCAACUGCGGCCAUGUUGCUGGAUGAAACUCCUCUUUUUGAUCCAAGGUUUUUACAGGAACUUGAUUGGAGCCAAAACACUGCAUCCUUCUCUCCUGUAAUCUCCCCCUUGAAUCCAGGGGAAGGGCUUGUUCUGAGGCCGUUGUGCACUGCUGAUUUUAACAGAGGGUUCUUCAAAGUGUUGUCUCAGCUGACAGAGGUUGGAGAAGUUACUCCCGAGCAGUUUAUUAAAAAAUUUGAACACAUGAAGAAAUCUGGUGAUUACUAUUCUGUUGUUGUUGAAGACACUGGCCUUGGUCACAUUGUUGCCACAGCAACACUUAUCAUUGAACACAAAUUUAUUCAUUCUUGUGCAAAGAGAGGAAGAGUAGAAGAAGUUGUAGUAAGUGAUGCAUGCAGAGGAAAGCAGUUGGGAAAAUUGUUAAUGUCGGUCCUUACAUUGCUGAGCAAAAAACUAGGCUGCUACAAAAUCACAUUAGAGUGUCUGCCAAAAAACGUGGCUUUCUAUGAGAAAUUUGGUUAUUCAUCUUCUGCGGAAGUGUAUAUGCAAAAACGAUUCUUAGAUUGAACUUUUAUCCUAGCAAAAUAAUUGAACUAAAAAAAUGGAGUCCUGUGCUGCCAAUUCUUUUUUUAUGCUGCAACUUCGAGAAGAGUACUAAACUGUUGUGCUGCUACACACAUUUGGAUCUCCAGACUGUCAGUACUAAGAACAAAAUGAUUUAAAGUUUUUCAGCAGUUUGAAAUUUUAUGGCAUUUGGACUAUGCACCAUAAGCUUGACAUCUUCUGCAUUGUCUCGAAGUCUGCUGCCUUUAAUCUGAAAAUGAAGGACAUUUAAAAAUUAGAAGACCAUUGCCAUUGCAAACAUUUUUUCCUGUGGAUUCCACUGUUUAGAAUGAAAUGCAUUGACAUAAAUUAUGUCCAAAACACUUUGGUAAAGUCCCCCUUAUGCGAUAUGUAACUUUUAAGGUACAUUAACACAAAAUUCAGAAGGAGAUUUGUUUCCAUAUUUAUUGGCAUAAAGCUGCCAUAUAGUGAUACUGAGUUACGCAUACACAUUUAUACAAAAGUGAGAAUGUUUGUUUCUCCAAAGAGGUAUUUGCCAUAUUUAAAAUUGUCUUGAAGAUUAAAUAAUCCAUUUUAAUCCUGUAACACUAAUACUGGUACUUCCUGCCAGUAUUUUGUUAUUGCUGAUUUUCUUUUGACUUGUCAUAUACAUCAUAUUUUUAAGAACUUUUCCCAUUUCCACCCCACAUUUUAUUGUAAAUGUUUUUCAUAUUUCCUUCAGCCAUACAGAUUUCUUUUAAAUGCUUUCUCCCUGAAGGAGGAUUUAAGAAUGCCAGCAACCAGAUCAUAUUUCCUUAAAGCUUUCUAAGCCAUUUGCUUAGUAUGCUAUAGCUUAAAUUGUACAUGUAGCCAUGUGUUACAUUAACCAGUGACAUAACUUGCAGUUAAUGAAUGUAAUCAUAAUCAUUUUGUUUGCAUUGUACACUGUCUAUAUAUAACAUUUCAAAAAAUGUUAAGCCGUAACUAAACAAGAAAAUGCCACAUUAAUUACGUAUGCAGAAUAUAUGCAGAAUAUAUUGAGAGGAAUUAUACUCAGAAUAAAAAUGUUAUGAACUGA